AAAACUGAUAAAGAUCAAGUAUAUAGCUCAAUGUUUUAAAAAUAACAUCUUUCUAAUUCAUGCUAUUUUUACUUGCCGUUGCUGUGGUGCAGAGGUAGCGUGGUCAAUCUAUGAUUGGAAGAUCACAGGUUCCUGUCUUAUCUGUCAAAGUGUUCUUGAGCGAGACGCUAACCCCACAUCGCCUCUGAUGGUUAAAAGUUGGCGCCAGUGUUCGGCAGCAGAGCUGCUAUUGCGCAGUCACACUUCAGACCACUGAUAUCUGCAAAGAUGGAGACUUCCUCUGUUCUUCUGCUGGCUGUCUUAAUGAUGUCAGUCUGGACGAUGAGUGAAACCGGACGGGUGACGGUCAUCGAUGAAGACCAGCUGGAGGUCUCCGCAGAGGCGCUUCCAGGAAUGUGCUGGGGGUGUAAGUGGAUGCUGAACAAGGUGAAGGCAUCUUUGGGAAACACCACCAACGUGGAGAAAAUAAAAUCUGUGCUCUUAAGAGGUUGUGAUAAGAUUGGACUCCUGAAAAGACAGUGCAAAAAUUUUUUGUCAAAAAAUCUUGGCAUUCUAAUUGAGGAGCUCACAACUACGGAUGACGUGAGGACGAUCUGUGUGAACGUGAAAGUGUGCAGGCCCAAAGAGCUUCUCGAUCUGGGUCCGAUUCCAAAUGAAGAGUCAUUCAUGGACGGUUCUUACAUCCCCUAACAUCUCAACUUUGUGCCGUUUUAGUCGGCCUGAGAAAUCUUUUGAAACUAAAUAAGUUCUGAUUAAAUGAAUCAGGUCACUUUC